CUCAACCGUAACCAUCCCCCGAAACAGAGACAGUUGGUGCAUCGAUUAACGCCUGUUUGCCAUAAUCUCGCGGAUUUUGUGGAUUUCAAAAUAUUUACCAUAUAUUAUUGAACUUGCCAUAGUGAUCUGUUUUUCUCAUCGUGUGUUGCUACCGAAUUUUGACGAUUGACAUCAUAAGCGAAGUGUCAAGACUACCACGUGCUAAUUUUAAACGGCCUAUUUACGGCCAUAUAAUUAAAUUUUACAGCUCGCAAGAAUGUCGAGCUGUCAAGAUUUUUGUGCGUGAAUUUAAUUUUGAUAAACAUAUGGACUUGUAAUCAAGUUUGAUACUUGAAGAAGCUAUCAAGAUUUCUACGGAGAGAAAAAUUACACAUUAUUUUGCAAAUUAACAGUUGGAAUUUAAUUAAUUAAUCAAGAAUAUUACGAUGGCAUAACAAGUUUUCAAGUUGACGAAGAAGAAACGCUUCGAUUAUCAAGAUUUCUUAAAAAUUACAAAGAUGAGAUCAGCUUAAGAAAAAAACACAAAAGAAAUUGUGUUGAUCGUCAAGACAUUCAACAAAAUUAUUCGAUUGAAGAAUGCUUUAGAAUGUUAUCCUCUUCGGUAUCGACUCAGCGUUCAGCAUUCAGCGUUCGUGAUAUUCUCAGUGAGGAUCAACAGCUCGGAGUCAUGGAUUGUUAUGGACAUCAUCAGAAUCAAGCAUCUCAACAACAUGCACAUCAAGAUUAUUAUUCAUAUAACGUCAUGCCAGAGAACAACUGGGAAAUGGAUAAAUUCAAAGAGCAACCGAUGUCUAGUUAUCAACAUUAUUCGGAUCUCAAUCACGUUCACCAGUUGAGUCAGGUGGUACCGCCGUACCAGGAGACUUCUAUCACAGAAGACGGCAACAUUGUUACAUCAAGCAAAACGGAAUUGCGCAAAAACCAAUCUGGUAAAAGAACGAAACGGAAGCCAAGAGUGUUAUUUUCGCAAACACAAGUUUACGAACUGGAGCAGCGAUUCAAACAACAGAGGUACCUCAGCGCACCUGAGCGAGAGAUGUUGGCUCAAAGCCUGAAAUUAACUAGCACUCAAGUAAAAAUCUGGUUCCAAAAUCGAAGAUAUAAGAACAAACGCGCCCGGAUUGAAGACGCUGAAAAACUGCAGGCGCAAAACAUGAAGAAUCAAUCUCUGAAGAAGAUCGCCGUGCCGAUUCUCAUCAAGGAUGGCAAACCUAAUGUACAGCAAUCUUACAACGGCUCUUACUGGCCUAACGUCCGAUCGGAUCUCAACGGUGGGAUGCAAACGGAUUUCAGGACCAACGAGAUUCGUCUCAGUCCUGAUUUCAGGUCCAAUUCGAACGAGAUGAGAAUCGAUUCCAAUAUAAGCCCGGAUUACAAACCGGAGGAAAUGCCUGGAAGAUCGAGUCUGAACGAUAUGGCUGACAGGCAGCACGUGCUGAAUCCAGGAGUACAGGAAUACAGGAGUAACUUUGCGACGGAAAUUCCACCAAGUGUGCUCGAUUGCAAUCGAAUAAUUAAGACGGAAUUUAAAACAUGCGCGAGCGGCAACGAAACCGCGUCGUAUCCAGACCUGAAAAACGUUCAAUCCGACAGUAAACAGCUUAUGACUGACAGACAUAUGGACGUCUCUAACAGCGAGUAUGGUUUUACGAAUUAUCUCACUGCACCUAAUUACCAAAUGCAGUACGUGAAUUAUAUGGAGCAAGUACCUAUGGAUCAAAGUCUGCAGCGAUUGUGGUAGACAAGCGUCUUUACGAGAAAAAAUUAUUUGACGCGAGAAUUAUGAUUUAUUGCUGUACAAUUAUUACUUUUGAAUUUAGGAUGGUUUAGUUGAUAAAAAUAACUUAGAUUUAGCAAUUAAUUUAAUUAUCACUCAAUUUCUUCCAAUAAUACUGAACUGUGUGCUGGAUAAUAUUUCAUAUUUUCUGA